AUGGAUGCGAUGAUGUACAGGGGAUUCUCGAUUACACUCACAGUAUCCGCUCGGAGCUGGUACCGUCAACUCAAGCCAAACUCUAUCGGAUCCUUCGUAGAACUUAGCCGAUUAUUCCUUACCCAAUUCAUUAGUGGUAAGAAGAGUCGGAAGUCAAAUACUCACAUGUUCACCAUCAAACAAGAGCCCAAGGAAUCACUGAAAGAUUACAUCACACGCUUCAAUGAGGAAGCGUUACAGGUGGAAGACUAUGAUGAUAAGAUGACACUUUCUGCAGUGUUCGGCGGCUUGAAAGAGGCAAGAUUCACCUUUUCUAUUGGGAAGAAUUCGUCAAAGACGUUGGCUGACCUCAUCGCCAGAGCUCAGAAAUACACCAAUGCCGAGGAGUUCACCAACGCCCGCAAGAAUGUCCAAGUAACUAACCCGACUGGUAAAGGGAAGAGGCCUAAGAACGAGGAGUCCCAGCCGUCCGGCAAGGGACCCGAUGACCGUACCCCUCGCGAUCAGAGCCCGAGCAGAAGGCCGGAGGGAAAAUUCCGUUCCUACACUCCCCUUAACACAUCUACCGAGCAGAUUCUACUGGACAUCCGAGGAGAAAAACUUCUGAAUUGGCCUGUGUGCAUGAAGGUCGACUCGGAACAUCGCGACAAACGCAAAUAUUAUCGCUUUCAUCGGGAUCACGGUCACAACACGGCCGACUGCGUGGACCUCAAGGAUGAGAUCGAGACCCUUAUUUGCAAGGGUCAUCUGCGCCGCUAUACUAAGGGAGAAAGAACCGCUUGGAAAGAAGAGCGAGAAUGA